AUGGGCACGGAGCAGCUGGCCCAGCUCAGAUUGUCAGCGCGACAAAUCGCCGCCCUAGCCUCGCAGCGCCUCCUCGGCGUUCGGUUACCGAAGCUGCCAUCUGAGGUGGCAGAGCCCCCCCUGCCCCUUGAAGAAGCUUUCCGCCAUGCAGAGACCACCUAUGGCCACUUGGCGCCGGCCCAAAAGGAAAUCAUCAUAAUCACGCUCCAUGGGGCCAUCAACCUGCCCAGCCAAAAGAAUGGCUCCAAACCCUUGGCCUUUGUGAUAGCGAAAACCACCUCACAGGAAGAAAAACACCAGGAGUCUACAGCUGUCACCUCAACUACAUGGGAGCCCACCAAAAGUCCCACGUGGGAGACAACAGUCAAGCUGGAGAUUCAGACUGAAGAUGUGGGUCAUGAAGAAGUGAUCCUGAAGGUGCUUGAUAGCAGAACCAGAGAUUUGCUAGCUUCCUACCGGAUACCCAUUAAGUACCUCCGCCCUUUCCACCCCUACCAUUUUGAGCUGGUGACGGCUCACAAGGCUGGUUUAGCCAAAUUGUAUGCUUCAAUCACUCGGGAGAGCAGUUUCAUGCCCCGAUACAUUGGAUGCACUCACACAGCCUUAGAGGUCUUUCUCCAGGGGGUCAAUGAGCCCCUCGCCAACCCCUUUGGCCCUAUCAUGGUGGUUGCCCGUAUCAUUCCCAACUACAAGGAGUUCAAGGAGACUACGUUGAGCAAAGAUCCUAUAUCUAUGGGGCUGCCUAUGAGAACUGUCAACUUUCCAAGCCCCUCAGUGUUGGCUUUUGAUGUUCCUCGCACCAACGAGCAGGGAUACCCUCAGGUAUCCAAGCCCGGUGGGCCUGCCAGACAGCCUGAAUGGAAUACCUCCUUCCUCUACCAAGCCCGGAAUGGGUGCACCCAGUUCAGUGAAGAUCUGGCCCUGCUACUGGAAUUUUAUCCCAUGCUUCCAAUGCACCAGAGAGAAUCCUGGAACCUUGUAGAGCCCUUGGGUAUCUCCGUGUUGCCACUCAACAACCGAGUUUACCGAAAAAUGAUGUCAGGAUCACAGACUGCGCUGCAUGUGAAGAAGCUCCCUAUCUUGAGAACUAAGCUGAAAACGAUUGCAGGUGGAACACCUACUGUGAACCUUACUUUCCAAGUGCUUUCCUCAGAGAGGCCAGACAACUUCCUGACUCCCAACAACUGUGCGGAUGUUCCUGUCCUGAACCCCACACUCCUGGAUGCAGAUCUUGGCAUCAUUCGGGAAUCAUGGUCCAAGGACUUUGUAAGCCCAGAGCCAGAGUCGGAGUCUGAGCCGCUGCCUGAGCCUGAAUCAGAGCCAGAGCUAGAGCUAGUGACAGAGCUAGAGCCGAAGCCCAAGCCAAAACCCACCCUGUUCUAUGUGGACAAGUGCCUUUCUGUGCCCUCACUGGAAGAAGUAAAACCUCUGGAGCUUCCUCAGGAAACACUGGAAGAUUUCAGCCCAUGGCCACAUCAGAAGGUUAUACACAAGACCCAAUCAAGGCCCCAGCCUUUCAAGGUGUUGUCCCGUGAAGAAAUAAAUGAGUACUCCCGCCUCCCCAAUACAGAGGUGCAUCUGUACAGCAGUAUUUAUUAUUCGGAAUCCUCAGACACCCAAGACGAACAGUAUGAGGUGGAAGAAAAACCCAAACCAUCAGACAUACCAUUAUCUACCUGGAAGGAGGUUGACAACUACCAGAGAGCCAUGACAAAGAUGGCCAAUGACAUCCUGACUCUGCGUAGGCAAGUGUCCUCACUGGAGACAGAAAAUAACUCCCUUCGGCGACAGGUGACCACACAGGAGCAGAUGGGCCAAGCCUCUGCAGAAGAUGAAGAGAUGAUAGCAAACAUGAAGCAGAAACUUUCCCAGAGCACCAUGGAAAUGAGGAGGUUGAAGGCAAGAGUGCAGCAGCUGCAGAAUGAGUUAAUUCGGAAGAAUGACCGGGAGAAAGACUUACUGCUCAUACAACAGUCUCACCACCAACAGCAGCAAAACCUGAAGAAGUACCAUGACAAACUGCAGAAAAUGAAGGGCCUAGAGCAAACUGUGAAGAACCAGGAGAAGGUAAUUCAGACAAUGGAGAAGAUCUUGGAGGAGAAAGUAAAUCAGCCAUCCAGGGAAAGGUCCGAUUCUGUGGUAUCACCACUGGGGCGGCCUCUGGGAAAGCACACGGGCCCCAUGGGGGAGAGUGUGCCCUUUGACUUUUACUCCAUAUUGCUGUCCGAGAACGCAAGGCUGCGGAGUGAGUUGGAUAAAAACCGCCACCAGUCUUCCCCCAUCAUCCUGCAGCAGCAAGCCCUACCGGGUCCUGUGACAAAGGGUGACCCAACCCCGAACCAGCACUUCCCGCCCUCCCCACCCUCUAUCCCCAACAUUCCCAUCCCUUCCUCUAAGUCCAUUCAUUUGCCUGGGGUGUAUAGUGAAAUCAUAAUAGUGUGGUUCCCCUAUUGGCCAGAUUUGUGCUUUUGCCAACAGGACUUCCUCUCCGGCACUUCAGACAAGUUCAAUCUCAUGGCCAAAUUGGAGAGCGCGCAAAAUCGUAUUCGGACUUUGGAGAGCGAGCUGGAAGAUUCAGCCCGGCGCUGGGGACAAGAAAAACAAGAGCUAACUUCGAAGCUGAUGGAACAAGACCAUGGCUUUAUACUUGGCUCCAGUCCUAUGUCGACAGAACAUCAAAGGAGUCCUGCGGGCCGUACGACUUUCCAAAAGCCGAAAAAAUAG